CCAACGAGUCCAUGACUGAUGUUGACACACGUCAAGUUCUGGAUGACCUCAAAGCUCUCGACACCAACAAAGAUGGCAGCCUCACUUCCGCCGAGAUGAACGACCGUACAUUUGCAGCCACCUUCGACAGUUCCCUCACACAAACCGCUGGGGUUGACCGUUGCACCUACGCAAUGCUGGAGAAGAAGCGGUAUGACAUCAGCAGGGGAGUUGCAGGCCGCGUCUUCGACGUUGUCGACGUGAACAAAGACCUCAAGCUCAGCGCUGCGGACAAAGACGAUGCUGCAUUCAAGCUGCUCGAGAAGGAUGGUAAUGGCAAAGUGUCUGUGUGUGAAGCUUUCCAGGGCUUCAUGGCGGCGCUGCAAGAUGCGGAAGAAAAGGCCUACAUGCAAGAGGUGAAGUAUACGGACAUCGCCUACAAGUACAGGAAACGCUCACCCAUAUUUUUCCCUGGGUCCGACUAAAUCACCAUGUCUGUCCUGGCAAGACAAGGGGCAACGGUGUCCUGACUGCAAGGACGAUAAUGCUUUGUU